AUGACCUUCCAAUACUCCAUCCACCGAGUUCCCUCCUCACCCACAGAAACAGCCAGCACACCCCCCACCCUCCUCCCCUACCUCGCCGGCAAAUUUUCCGCGCUCCGUCUCUCCGCCCUCGUCGAUUCCCCCAACUCCUUCGCCUCCACUUUCGAACUCGAAUCGCUCUAUUCCGCCUCCGUCUGGCUUUCCCGUUUCUCCCGUCCGAAAUUCCACUAUUUUCUCGCCGUCCAUGCCUCCUCUUCUCCCACAGAAACCCACACUAUCGACACCGGUCUCCUCGUCGGCUCAGUCCAACUCUAUGGACCUUCCCCGGCGUCAUUUUUCACACUCCCUCUAGGCGGUGCUCCGCCUCCGGGACCUGAUGCCCAGGAAUUAAAAUACCAGAUGAUCGCGCUAUACUCCUCAUCUCUGCAUCGGAGAAAAGGACUCGCGAAAAUGUUAAUUCAAGGUGCGGUUGAGAGCGCGAGGAACCAAGCACAGGUGGAAGGAAAAGAAAAAGUACGCAUUCGUGUAUUUCUGCAUCCGGAAAAUCUGACGGUGAAGACACUCUACAGGAGUGUAGGGUUUGUGGAGACGGGCUUUUGUACGUUGGCGGAGGCGGUGGUGCAGAAUGGGAAUCCGGAGACGUUGCCGGAGGAUGGGGGGAAGGGGGAUCCGGAGAGGUGGUUGAAGAUGUUUGGGGUGGUGAUGGAGUGGGUGGGGUGA